UGAUCAGAGAUAUAUGUUAGACAGGCAUGUCUCUUUUCCAGCACCACAGCUAAGUGUGUGUGUGUGAGAGAGAGAGAGACAUCAUAAGAAGACAUUCUCCCCAUCCGACAGCAUUUGACUUCUCUGUCUUCUAUUAGGUUCCUUGUUAAGGACUGGAAGUGACAUGAUGGGCUUCCAGCAAAUGCCAGAAUACUACGAUCUUCAGAAUCAUCCCUCCAAAGGGUUUUAUUCAAGCGUUCUGUGACCAGUUGGACAUGUGGCAUUGCUCGCUGGCUAAUCUCUGACUGGUAUUGUUGUGUUUCAGUGGAAACAUGAGUGAACUUCCUCCAUCUGCUCCAACCAUGAAGCCCCAGGAUAGGGUUCACCAAAGCAUGUGUCUACAGUUACAGAACAACAAUGAUUUCCAUAAGUCCUCCUCCUCCUCCUCAUCAUCAUCAUCGUCAUUGUCACCGGACUCCAUGUACAGUCUUAGUAGUCUGGACGUGGAAGUGCCAGAGGGGAUGAUGGGAAGGAAAGCAGCUGCCAGCGAAGAUGACUCAGGGAUCCAGAGUCCAGAUUGCAAACCCAAUGACAGUGACAACUCGGUUUCCGUUUACUUAGAUGCCACUGAAGAAGGCUGGCAAGCCGAAUGUGAUGAUCUAGAUAAUGUCACAAUAAUUCAAAAUCAUGAGAGUGACAAUGUCUUCAGCGAUGCUGGUGUUGGUGGAGAGCAAGGACGACGAGGCUCAAGUGACUCUUCGGCAACAGAGGCACAGCUGUUCUCCUCUGAGGAUGAGGAGGGUGAGGAUGAAGAAGAAGAUUCUUUUCUGUCACUGAGGUCUGCUGAUGUAGUGAUGAGGAAACAAAGUGAGCCUGAGGAAGUCCAGAUGCGCAGCUCAAACAAGAGGCCCACUGUGGGCCCUGUGAUUGAACUCCAUCAAGAGACUUUUCAGGAUUCAGUGUCUCCUCCCAAUGAGGAGGUCCAGAUGUCAAGCUCAGCCAUGAGGCCCAGUGUGGGCCUUGAGAGUGAGCUCCACCAGGAGACUUCUCAGGUGUUUUACAAUCACAAAAGCAAGAUGCAGACAUCAACCAAAAGGACUGAUGUGGAUCUUGGGAGUGAGCUUCACCGCAAGGCUCAUCAGGAGUCAGUAGAGCUACACAAAAAGAAGGAGCAGAUGCAGUGGUCAAACAGGAGUCUGGAUAUGGCCUCUGUGAGUCAGGAGGUUCUUCAGGAGUCAAUGGAGCUAUACAACAAGGAGAACCAGAUCAAGAGCUCAACCAAGAGGCCCAGUGUGGAUCUUGUGAGUGAGAUCCACCAGGAGUCUGUGCAGUCAACCAUUGCUCUUUCCACUGAGAAAUUUCCAUCUCAACCACCUGCAGAAUUAUUUCCAAAUCAGACAAUGUCUCCUUUGGUUUCCCAAGAUGAUUCUCCAUGUACAUCCAUUCAAAACAUCACAGAUCCUCCAUGUUUUCCUAAAGGAAACAUCUCACAAAAUACCAAUGAUCCUUCAGAUCUAUCUCACACCAGGUCCCCCAUGGAACCCCCUAAAAUCAAAUCCACCAAAGUGGAGCUAAAACGGUUUUCUCGACUUAAUCUAAAGGACAUCAAACCUAAAGUCAUCUCAAGGGCCACUUCCACUUCAAGAUCAGUGAAUACUGAUCACAGCCAAUCAUCUGCAGGCUGUGAGAAAAAGUCCCUAAUCACUAGAAGUAGAGCAGCCAACAGGAGAGACCAAAGUGAUGAUGGAGUGAAGAAGAAGCGUGCAUCCUCUGCUCAGGCAAGAGCAACCAUGCCCAUAACAAUUCCAGAUUCUGACAGCAAAUCUACAUGGCCAACAAUGGCCAAAAAUCAACCACCAGAGUUCCUGAGGUCAAAGGUUGACACAAAUGGCUGCCAUUUACAGACUGCAAGUUCGAAGCUCACUGAAACUGUGAGAGAUGAAAGAGAGAGCCACGAAGAGGAAAUGGUAGUAAAAGAGACUUCCAGAGAUGGAGAUGUGGACCCGAACGCCUCUUCUGACCUUCGAACUUCAGGGGUCGUAACAAGGGUCCCCAGCCGAGGGUGUGUGUCUGUGGGGGUCCGAGCAGCCCCACUGGCCGGUGUGCCAAAGAUGAGAGUGACUGACAGCAUCCCAGCCACAUGUGGCUCCACCCCUUCCUGGAAGGCUCCUCUAAAAUCUGCCUCCUCCAAACUGCCAAUCAAAACUGGUGGCCUUCCCAUGAGCCUCAGCUCCUCCUCAGUGUGCAGCACAGCCAGUGAGAACAAAGGUGCUGCUCAGAUGAUGAAGAGUGAUGAGACAUGUGGUAGAUCUUCCUCAUCCUCACAGGGAAAAACCAGCACCAAACCAGCAGCAGGCGUCCGCAACAGAGCAAACACACACACUAAACCCAACACUGCAGGCCAGAAGGCCACAGCACAUGUCAUUCAGUCCAGAACUCCCCAGAAUCCUCAGCAACGUGGAGCAUCUGUGAGACCGAGCAGAAAUUCAGUGUGCCCGAGCUCUAGAGGGCCUCGGGGAACCCGACAGGCGUGCGCACACACUGAGGAAGAGGAAGAGAAGAAGAAUCGCUCCAUCCUCCAACUGCGCUCCCUCAUUGCCCACGGCAACCGCAAACUAGAGGCUCUUGCCGUUGUCGUACAGCACAUCUUCAACGAGAGGGAAGAAGCUCUGAAACAGAAGCAGGAGAUCUCCAUCCAGUUGAAAAAGCUCCAAGAGGAACUUGCUCAGUCGGUGGUAUGUUGUGAGCGGUUGGAGUGUGAGAAGGUGAGUGUGUGUGCUCAGCUGGAUGCGGCAGUGUUGGCGUUGCAGCAGCAGCACCAGGCCGAACUCGCUCAGCUGGAGGAAAGACUCAGGGACUUCUACUCAGCCGAAUGGGACAAAGCGCACCAGGUGUACCAGGACGAGGCCGACCGCUGCACCGCGCUCAUGAGGCAGCAGGUAGAGGAGGUGAAGAGCAAACAGGAAGCACUGAGGACAGAACAGGAAGUGGCACAUAGCCAGCAGAUAGAGGAGCUGAGACAAGGACACGAAACCAUGUUAGCAGAACUGAAAAAGGACCAUGAGAGACAGAGAGAGGAGCUGGACAACACACUCAAAAACUCUGAGGCUGCACUUAACGAGAGGAUUGCAAGUCUGAUUGAGGAGAACGAAGCUCUGAGCGAGCGACUGAGAGAGACGGAGGAUAAAAGGAAAGAACUCGCCAACAAAAACCAGAGAGAUUCUCGGGUUGUGUAUCUGGAGCAGGAACUUGAGAGUCUGAAGGUUGUGUUGGAUAUAAAAACCAAUCAGCUCCAUCAGCAGGACAAGAAACUGAUGCAGCUGGACAAACUGAUCGAGUCCAAUGUGAAACUGGAGGAGUUUGUAACGAAGCUUCAACAAGAGAACGAGGACUUUAAAGCCCGCAUGGACAAACAUGCAGAGCUGUCCAGGCAGUUAUCCACAGAGCAGGCAAUGCUCCAGCAGACACUGCAGAAAGAGUCCAAAGCCAACAAAAGGCUCUCAAUGGAGAACGAGGAGCUGCUGUGGAAACUACACAACGGCCUUUCACCCCGAAACUCUGCUUCCUUUCCCAGCUCCCCUGUUUCUCCCAGAUGACCUUUGACCCUGAACGUCUAUAGACUUUUUAUCCCUCCUGGGAGUGACUUGUAUGGUUUUUAAAAACCUCACCUCUCUGUUUCCUGAAAUGGCCAACGUUCUAGUGAGAACAUGCACUUGGGACAGAGCCGAUGUUGCACAGACACACUUCCAGACCAAGGAACAUGCCUUGCUCUGCCACUUCGCUUUCCUUUUUAUUUAGUUUCAUUCUUUUUUUUUUGGAGGAGGAAACACACCUCAGGGUUUGUACAUAGACUCUUUCUCCUCCUCGUUCCACCGUGGAGUUUGCAUUUCACUUUUAUUUCCAAAUUGUAGGAAGACAUUGUAUUCAUGACUCAAAAGGAUGAAGCAUAAAUCUGCUUGAAAUAUAACCAACACAUAACUCUGAAGAUAUUUCACUAUACUCAAUCUAAGAUUAAUUCAGAAAUAAAGUGGUAAAUAUAAAAAAAAGUUAUGAAUAUUGGUUCUAUAAACUUGAAUGCUAUUUCCUUUUUACAAUCCCAGGAACUAAUCCAUGUUCCAAAGAAUAUCGCAUGCACAGAAAUCCAAAUAAUUAUCUGGCCUUCUCCUAAAGCUCUUGAAUGUAUUGUCCUUUCCCUAAGCUGUUUCACCUGAAUUGCUUGAAAUGGAAAGUUUUAUGAGUGAAUGUCUCCUUCAUCUCAAACCCAAUGACUUUUACCAUUUUGCAUUUUACUUCAGUUAAUGCAUUAAACAUAAUAUGAACACUGA